AUGCACGAAGGUUUUGAACACCAUCGCCCGUCGGCCUCUCUGAGCCGAAACUUCCAAACGGACGCCUCGAUGCCUACCCUCAUACAUUCCCUUGUCGAACAGAAGAGCUCCGUCUUGAGUUUGGCAGCGACCAACAGAUAUAUUUUCUCUGGUAGUCAGAACGAGGACAUUCUGGUGUGGAAUAAAGGCACGUUCACCUUGAAGAAGACGCUGCACGGACACACAGGAAGCGUACUGGCCUUGGAAUAUGCAAAGGAUAAAGAAUGGCUUUUUAGUUCCUCAGGGGAUUCGACUGUCAGAGUCUGGUCAACAAAGACUCUGGAGCCACUAUACGUGAUCACGCCUUACCAAGACCACAGCGCUGGCGACCUGUACUCUAUUGCCUGGCUACCCUCGAUCCAAACCAUCUACGUCGGGUGCCAGAACACCUCUCUACAAUGGCUGGAAAUCAACAAUCUAAUUACGCGGUCGGACUGCAAUCCGUCCCAUGACUCUGGGACUUCCGUGUCGUCUGGAACCUCCACGCCCUCAAGGUCCAGCAGCCAGCGGCAGGCGCACAAGUUUUUCGACAGUUAUCCCAUAUACGAACGGAAGCCAGCAGACGUGUUCGCCCGCAACAGUCGGAUUGGCGGACGUGGCAGUCCUGAUUCUGAUUUGUCGAUCUCCAUCUCAAGAUUACACUUGGAGAUUCCUUCCAAAAACGUGAUCGACUCCGCCCAUUACGGGUACAUUUAUUGCAUGACGAUUUUGAAACCUGGAGAGGAAGACAAAGAACCCAGACUGGCUACAGGGAGCGGUGACGAAAGCGUCAAGAUAUGGAAAUGUCAGGCAAAUCGUCCAACACUCGAGCACCAGUUCCAGUUUAGCCACGGUGCAGUUCUGGCGAUAGUGGCGAAUGGCGAUACCAUUUUCGCUGGUUGCCAAGAUGGCUAUGUUAAAGUAUUAGACCUUGAGACUAAGACGCUCAUCCGGACUAUCAUCGUCAACGAGGGUGUUGAUAUCCUUUCAAUGUCUAUGUUAAAUUCCGAUCUGUUCACAUGCUCAGCGGAUGGCCGCAUAAAGCGAUGGUCUGCCUCGUUCGACUGUAUCGCGUCAUGGCAAGCCCAUAAGAAAAUAAUCCUUUCGUCGAUCGUGACAGGUCGGGGCAACGCAUUUGAGCUUAUUACGGGAGGUAACGACUCCCAAAUCAAGGUUUGGGAAGCGGUCCCCUCCAGCAGAUCAAUAUCGCAAGAAAUCCAGAGUUCGCCGUGCAUAGGAGCACACGCCGCAGAUAUCAUGACAUAUGCCCUCUCGAAGUUUGUAGCGAUUCCAAGCAUCAGUUCGAUAUCUUCGCACCAGGAAGACUGCCGGCAAGCAGCAAUCUGGCUCCGCAAGUGCCUUGCUCAAUUGGGUGCUACAACCUCGUUGCUCCCGACCGGCGAAGGUAUCAAUCCGCUUGUACUUGCGACGUUUACAGGGUCUGUAGGUGAACAACGUAAACCGAGGAUACUUUUCUACGGGCAUUACGAUGUAAUUUCUGCACCCCCAGAUGGUUGGGAUUCGGAUCCGUUUAUUCUGACGGGGAAGAAUGGGUAUUUGUAUGGCCGAGGCGCAACGGACAACAAAGGCCCGAUUCUGGCCAUUGCCUGUGCUGCUGCAGAUCUCCUGUCUAACAGGGCACUCGGGGUCGAUAUCGUUUUCCUCAUCGAAGGCGAAGAGGAAUGUGGUAGUUUGGGCUUUCGGGAUGCGGUGCGAAAACACAAGGAGGCCAUUGGUCACGUUGAUGCAAUUCUUGUCAGCAAUUCCACCUGGAUCACAGACGAUCGACCUUGCAUCACAUAUGGCCUUCGAGGUGUGAUACACUGCGGUCUUGAGAUCUCCAGCAAUUUUCCUGAUCUCCAUUCUGGUGUCGAGGGAGGUGGAGUCGUUGAGCCCAUGGCGGACAUGGUGAAACUGCUUUCCACUCUCACUAAUGACAAGAAUCGGGUUCAAAUACCAGGAUUUUACGACAGCGUGCGACCAGAGUCUGAAGACGAGAAGAGAAACUUUGAGCUGCUCUCCAAGAUAACCCACAAAUCUUCGACGACACUUGAAUCUCGAUGGCGUGAACCGUCCCUGACGAUUCACACUAUUGAAGUGUCUGGUCCAAAACACGCCACUGUUAUUCCUGGUUCUGUGAAGGCGCAGAUUUCAUUGAGGAUAGUCCCAGAUCAAGAUCUAGACAGAACAUCCAAAUCCCUCAUCGAUUACCUGAAGAAGGUUUACCACGGCUUCCGAAGUCCCAACAAACUGGAGAUAAGUGUCAAUCAUACGGCGGACUGGUGGCUUGGGAGGCUGGAUGACCCGUGGUUCAAGGCUUUGGAGAGCGCCGUCAGGGAAACAUGGGGAGAAGAACCGUUAAGAAUUCGUGAAGGCGGUUCUAUCCCUUCUGUACCUUACUUGGAGAAAGAGUUUGGAUGUCAUGCGCUUCACUUUCCAAUGGGGCAGGCGUCGGACCAAGCCCAUUUGCCAAACGAGCGCAUUUCUCUGAUAAACCUCCAUAAAGGCCGUGAUGUCGUACAGCGGUUCUUCAGGAAGGCUGCGGAGCCUGACUUCUUACGGUUUCUAAAACCAGUCACCGAUGCCGAUUCGUGA